AUGAUGAUGAAAGUUAGUGUAAUUGUUUUAUAUAAAAUGGAUUUGAUUUAUGUGAACGAAGAUAAAGUGAAGGGUUUGGCGAAGAAACUUCUUGCUCUUGAUGGAGUUUCAGAAAGUGAGGUCUGCUUUGAAGAUUUCCUUUGGGCGAAUUCUAUAUUUUGGUCUCAUGCUCUGAACCUUCCUCUUCCACAUUCUUAUGUAUUUCCCCAAAUUCAAGAAGAUACCGAGAUAACCUGUCCAGUUGAAAGAAGGUCUGAGGUGACCAUCACUCAUAGUGGACUAAGUGGAGAGUCUGUUAAUGAAAUUGAUGGAAAAAGAUUUGAGGGUCAUGAGAAUGAUAACAAAGUCAAUGGAGCAACUUCCGUAUCGAAACAAAAAGAAACUGUCUGGGUGGAGGGUCUUCUCCCUGGCAUUGACUUUUGCAACCAUGACUUGAAGGCAGUGGCAACAUGGGAAGUUCUUAUCCCAAAGAUAUACAAUGAGCAAAUAACAGAUUUAUUGGAUCCAAAUUAG